AUGUCACUAGUAGAUUUGGGAAAGAAACUUUUAGAAGCUGCACGUGCAGGUCAAGAUGAUGAAGUUCGCAUUUUGAUGGCAAAUGGAGCGCCUUUUACCACAGAUUGGCUGGGAACAUCUCCACUUCAUCUAGCAGCACAGUAUGGACACUACUCAACAACAGAAGUGUUGCUGCGAGCAGGAGUAAGUCGGGAUGCCAGAACCAAAGUGGACAGGACUCCAUUACAUAUGGCAGCAUCGGAAGGCCAUGCCAGCAUAGUAGAAGUCUUACUUAAGCAUGGUGCCGAUGUCAAUGCUAAGGACAUGCUCAAAAUGACUGCGCUUCACUGGGCUACUGAACAUAACCACCAAGAAGUUGUAGAGCUUUUAAUAAAGUAUGGAGCAGAUGUUCAUGCUCAGAGUAAAUUUUGCAAAACGGCAUUAGAUAUUGCAGUAGACAAUGGAAAUGAAGACCUUGCCGAAAUAUUACAGAUUGCAAUGCAGAACCAAAUCAAUACAAAUCCAGAGAGUCCGGACACUGUGACGAUACAUGCAGCAACACCGCAGUUCAUCAUUGGACCUGGAGGGGUGGUGAACCUAACAGGUCUGGUAUCUUCUGCAAAUACAUCAAAUGGAACAGAUGAAACAGGAGUGUCUGCUGUACAGUUUGGAAAUUCAUCAACAUCAGUGUUAGCCACGUUGGCAGCUUUAGCAGAAGCAUCAGCUCCACUGUCUAAUUCUUCAGAAACACCAGUUGUGGCCACAGAAGAAGUUGUGACUGCUGAGUCUGUGGAUGGUGCUAUUCAGCAAGUUGUCAGUUCUGGAGGUCAGCAAGUUAUUACUAUAGUUACAGACGGCAUUCAGCUUGGGAACCUGCAUUCGAUUCCCACCAGUGGCAUAGGGCAGCCAAUCAUUGUGACCAUGCCAGAUGGACAGCAAGUAUUAACAGUUCCAGCAACAGACAUUGCUGAGGAAACUGUCAUAAGUGAAGAACCACCGGUGAAGAGACAGUGCAUUGAGAUUGUUGAAAAUCGUGUGGAGGACAUUAAGGAAGUGCAUGAAAGAGAAACUCUUCAGAAACAGCUGGAUGAGGCAAACAGAGAAGCACAAAAAUAUCGUCAGCAGCUUCUAAAGAAAGAACAAGAAGCAGAGGCCUAUCGGCAGAAGUUAGAGGCAAUGAACCGCCUCCAGACUAAUAAGGAAGCUGUUUAAUAAAAAAUGAACAUACUGCAAAGUGUGUUGCUUUCAAAAACCUGCAGUACAAUCUUGAACUGUACGCUAUAUAGGUACAGACACAGGAUUACAUGAUAGAGAAGAUGCUACAAGCUGACUGGACUUAAGCCGUGAGCUCUGGUGGAUUUCUUGUAACAUAAAAACUCUGAAUUUAGAAAUUGUGAAAAGUAUUUAAAAUGAAAUACUGUAAAUAGUUGUUUUUUUUACAGUUUCAAAAUGAGUUGAUAAAUCUUUUUGAAGGGAUCCAGAAACAUGAGAAGCCAAUGUUUUUUGUGAAACUUUUGAUUUUAGUAUGAAUCUAACUUCUGAAAAACAGAACAGUUUUAAGGGUGAUGUUGUUGAUUUGGGAUGACAACUUGAAAAUUAAUUAUGUGACAAAAUGAAUUAACAGUUAUUUCUCCAUGAUAAGAACUUAAACUCUGAAUAAGACAUUUCCACGUGGAAAUCUUUGUACAGCUUUAAGUAGUUGUCUCAGAUUCUCUGAAAACCAUUUUUGGUUUUGUUUUUUUAUUUUAGGUGGUGAAAUUUUUAUAUUUAAUUUCAGAUAUAUCCAAGUAGAUUUACAUGUAUAUGAAGCUAAUAUUUUUUAAACUUUCAGUUUGUACAUAUGCUGCAUGUUUUUAUAAUUUCUACACAUACAUCUUGCAUAGGUAUUUUUCAGCAAAGAUGAGAAAAAAUUACGAGAAAAAUGUUUAGCCUAUAGGUCAUUUGAAGUAAGAUAGCAGCCAGUUUUAUUGUGGAUGAUAUACUGCUUGGAAGAAUGUAAUUUGUAAUUAAAAAGAACAAAAAAAAAAUCUUAAUUUAC